AAGAGUCAGUUUGUGGUGAAUAGAUGUCCGCAAUGGCCGUUGAUCCGUGUUUUUCGUGUUUAAAGAUAACUCUAAUUGUUGUUCACGUCUUGUGUUUUCUGUCAUUGAUUUCUUUGAUUAUUAUUUCGACUCUCGCUUUGGUUUUUAUUCCGCAACAGAAUUACGACGAAAUAGACGCCCAAAAAGCCAAUGUGCAGUUGCGGUCGUCGUUGCUGAUAAUGAGUGCUUCGUUUGUCUUUGCGUUGAUUUCUUUGGUCGGAGUCAUUCGUGAAAACAAAUUAAUAGUAAUUUCAGUCCUUAUAGUGUAUGCCAUCUCUGCCGAAGCCUAUCUGGUGGUCAAUCCGAGUGUUGUUGGGUUUGUGUUGGAACUGCCGUUUCCCGCUUUGACGGCAUUAUAUGUUUACCUUUUAUUUAUUCGCAAACGAAUGCAAAUCAAUUCAGACUAAGUUUUUGUUUAUUUUUAAUGUAA